CGGCUACAUACUGAACCCCUUUAUAAGCCAGCAAAGAAGUCUUCUUUGUUUGAAGAAGAAAAAGAAAAAGAAGAAGAAGAAGACAUGGAUGCGUUCGAAAAGCUAGAGAAAGUCGGAGAAGGAACGUACGGAAAAGUGUACAGAGCAAGGGAGAAGGCGACAGGCAAAAUCGUAGCCCUUAAGAAGACUCGUCUUCACGAGGACGAUGAAGGCGUGCCUCCAACUACUCUGCGUGAAGUCUCAAUUUUGCGCAUGCUUUCUCGUGAUCCCCAUGUUGUAAGAUUGAUGGAUGUCAAACAAGGCCAGAAUAAAGAGGGCAAGACAGUGCUAUACUUGGUUUUUGAGUACAUGGACACAGAUCUUAAGAAAUUCAUCCGUAGCUUCCGCCAAACUGGAGAAAUUAUUCCUGCUAAAACUGUGAAGAGCUUGAUGUUCCAACUUUGCAAAGGCGUUGCUUUCUGCCAUGGGCAUGGAAUCUUGCACAGGGAUCUUAAGCCUCACAAUCUCCUGAUGGAUCGAAAGACUUUAAUGCUUAAAAUAGCAGAUCUUGGACUAGCUCGUGCAUUUACUCUUCCAAUUAAGAAGUACACUCAUGAGAUAUUGACACUUUGGUACAGAGCUCCAGAAGUCCUUUUGGGCUCUACCCACUAUUCUACUGCUGUGGAUAUGUGGUCCGUUGGCUGUAUAUUUGCCGAACUGGUCACAAAACAAGCACUUUUCCCUGGAGACUCUGAACUACAACAGCUGCUGCAUAUUUUCAGGCUAUUGGGUACUCCAAACGAAGAAGUAUGGCCAGGGGUGAGUGCCCUAGUGAACUGGCAUGAGUACCCGCAAUGGAAACCUCAAAAUCUGUCAUCAGCUGUUCCUCACUUGGACGAGAAUGGGCUUGAUCUGCUUUCACAAAUGUUGCAGUAUGAACCCUCAAAGCGGAUCUCUGCAAAGAAGGCCAUGGAGCACCCAUACUUUGAUGAUGUGGACAAGACCCGCCUCUAAAGAAAAGUGUGCUAUGCACUAGCAUUAGAGAGAUUAGGGUUCUUGUUUUCAUAUUUUAAGAACAGGAAAGGGAAAGCAAAGUCUAUUUUGCCUUGUCCUAAGAAUAUUUUUCAAGUCUUGUUAAAUUUGUUUUAGGAUGAAUCUUCUUGCGCUUAAUGUUGGAAUGAACUAUGGACUUCUUAUAUAAGAAAUGGCUCUACCUAGUUUUAUA